AAUGACUACAUUGCUCUCCCCUCACCCCAGCCUCUUUUUAACCCCUUACUCCCGGCAAAAUUAAACCAAACCCAAAACCAAAAGCAAGUUAAAAUCUCUUCAAUGCUUCAAAUUUUGUCUGAUUUUCUUUCCUUUUAAGAUCUCUCUUCUUACUCCCAUAGUGUCCAUUUAUACAGAUGGGUUUUGUGCAUUUAAUAACUCUAUGAAAAAUUGCACAAGAUGUUUGGGUUGGACUGAACGAAGAUCAACAAGCAGAAAAAAGUUUGAUUCUUUUCCGAAAGCAAGACAUGAAUUGGGAAAUUCUUGUUUUUUCCUUUUUGUUUACGUUCUAAGGUUGUUUUAGGGUUUUUGAAUUCUUGAUAUGGCUACUCCAGAAGCUUUAUCUUUAAUUCCUGCUUCUGUGCUGCGCAAUCUCUCUGAUAAGUUGUAUGAGAAGCGCAAACAUGCCGCACUUGAGUUGGAAGGGAUUGUGAAGCAAUUGGCAGUAGCGGGUGAUCACGACAAAAUCACUGCAGUGAUCAAUUUAUUGACCCAGGAGUAUACAUAUUCCCCUCAGGCUAAUCACCGGAAAGGAGGGUUGAUAGGACUGGCUGCUGUAACUGUUGGUUUGACUUCAGAAGCAGCACAACAUCUUGAGGUAAAGUAUUGAGUUUUCUGCUAUGAGUUUGAAAGGAACUGGUUGAAAUCUUGACUAUAGAGGUUAAUAAUAGGAAGCUAUGAGAUUAGUGGUUCCUCUAUCUACUUUGAGGUGUUACUAAAGAAUGAUUAAUUUAUUUGAUAACUAUGAUUUUUGGGUCAGCUUGUUGCCACGUAAUUCUAUCCAACAGGAUUAAGCAAAUGGACAUAAAUCAUUUAGUGUGUAUUUCCUUGGUUGGGAUAUUGUGGUCUCAUAUCCAGCUUCAUUGACCAC